AAAAUACAGGGAGAAUAGUCUGGCAGAGUUAGGCAACAGCGCGCCACUCCGAUCCGACCCAAAACUGCGGUUUCUGUCAAGCGUUCGCGUGACAUUUGCUUGCUACGCGUCGACCGUACCUGUCUCUUAUUUUGUCGGCCACUUCCGUGAGCGCUUCCGGCGGCAAGCCGAGCAAGAUGGCGGCGCCCGACGAGCUGUUCGUGUGGGAAGGAGACUGGGGGCUGCCGUCCGUCAACAGCGACUGUUUGAUGCUUCUGGCGUACGCCCAGUUUUCCGGCGCUCCUCUCAAAGUUCGCAAGGUGUGCAACCCGUGGAGAUCUCCGGGAGGUUCCCUCCCCGCCAUGCGGACCGCGGACAAGGAGGCGCUAUUGCAACCUUCUGAUAUCAUCAUUCACCUCCGAAAACAGAAGUACAAUGCGGACUAUGACCUGUCGGCCGACGAGGCCGCGGACAGCUUGGCUUUCGUCGCCCUGGUCCAACAGAAGCUCACGCCCGCCGUGAUUUACGCUCUGUGGGUGGAGCCCAAGAAUUUCGUGGAGGUGACCCGGCGCUGGUACGCCGAGCGCACGUGUUUCCCCUUCAGCCUGUUCCUGCCGGGGCGAAUGCAGCGACACCAGCUGGACAAACUGCGCCUGCUGCGGGGCGACGCCAGCCUGGAGGCCAGCGAGGAGCUGGAGAAGGAGUUGUACGGCGAGGCGACCGACUGCAUGGACCUGCUCUCCCAACGACUGGGAAAGCAAAAGUUCUUCUUCGGCGACUCGCCCUCGUCGUUAGACGCGGUGGUGUUCGGCUGGCUGGCGCCCAUCCUCAAGUGCAAACUGCCCGGCGGCAAGCUGCAGCGCCACCUCAAGUCUUUGGACAACCUGCACGCCUUCUGCUCCAACAUUCUGCUGAUUUACUUCCCCCAAAAUGGCGGGACCGGAGACGUCCGUCCCGCCGAGACCGGCGAACUGGCCCCCGAGCGGCACGGCAAGCAGGUCCUGUCGGCGCUGGUGGCGCUGGCCGCCAUGCUGUCCUACGCCGCGCUCACCGGCCUGUUGUCCGUCCGCCACGGAGCGGCGCCGGAGCGACGGCGGCGCCGCGACAACGACGAUGACGAAGACUAACCGUUUUGCGUUGGUUUCCUCCUUUCCUUUGUGGGUCAAAAUCUCCUAUCUUGUCUUCAUUUUUUUAUCCGAUUCACAUCAUGUACACAUUAAAAAAAAUCAGGAAAUCAAGGCGUACAAAUGUUGUAUGUAGUUUUUGCCAAAAUAUGACAGUAAAAAUCUUCCAUUUUCAAUGGAAGGAAAAAAGUCUGACAGAGUUUGACUUUUGCGGUGGGGGGGCAUGUCGAUGACCCCGAAAUGCAGUACCAGCCAUGAAAUUAACUUACAAAGUAUAUGCUCGGAUAGUAGCUUAGCCCGUGCUCGUACAUACAGUGCCUUGCAAAAG